GGCAAGAGGGUAUGGGUGAAAAAUCAUCAGCUUUAAAGCACACCUCGGAGCUGACCGUGCUCGGGGGACAGAGGGUUGCCCAUCCGAGGGUUUCACCGGGACACUACCAGGGUGUAGGGAGGGCCUCCCGGCUCUGCUCCCAUCCCCGCAAAAUAGCUCAAAAGAAAAAAAAAAAAAAAAAGAAAAAAAGAAAAAGAAAAAAAAAAAAGGAGAUGGGGGGCGAACCCUUUAUUGUUAUUGUAGUAAUGUUCCCGGCCUCCCUGCCCGCCUCCCCGGCGGCGCUCCGCGGUGCCAGGAUUUCCCUGCAGCCCGCCCUCCCCGCCCGCAGCGCCGCCGGCAGCGCCGCCUCCCCGCGGCAGCCGCUCGCCGCCCGCGGCCCCGCGCCGCGCCCCCGGCACACGGGGCGCCGCCGCCCCGCUCUGACGGACGCUCGCAGGUGCCGCGCUCGCCCCGAGUCGCGGAGGGGCGGCCCCGCUGCCCUCCCGGCUCCGCACCGGCCGGAGGGAGGUAGCUCGGGAGGGAGGAGCGGCGCGGGAGCAGCGGCAGCGCCAAAAGGAAAGCACAUUUCUGGAAGCAAGAAGUGACAGAUGUGGCAUCUCGGCAGCUGGCUAAACAUAAAAGCAUGUAUCAGCAGGUUUUCUCAAGUUGAAGAAGUAGCUGAGCAUUUGGCUGGUACCUGACCCCAAAACUUGUGCUCUGCCUUGCGAAGAGCUGAUGUGGAAGACAUUUACCUUCACGUAUUCCACAGUUCUCUGUACCAGAAGAAUAAGACUUUGUGUCUUUGUGCAAGAGUGGUUCAAGAUGACAAUGUAACAUUGCUAACACUGAAGGUCUCCUGAGAAGAUCUGGCUUUGUAAGAGGCUUCUCCUCCCCUCACCUUUUUUUUUUUUUUUUUUUUUAACUACUUCCCUCAGAAGCUACAAGCAAGAUGCCAGCCAAGACACCCAUCUACUUGAAAGCUGCUAACAAUAAGAAGGGGAAGAAGUUCAAACUAAGGGAUAUCUUAUCUCCUGAUAUGAUCAGUCCUCCACUUGGAGAUUUUCGUCACACCAUACACAUUGGAAAGGAGGGACAGCAUGAUGUUUUUGGAGACAUAUCAUUUUUGCAGGGCAACUAUGAGCUAUUGCCUGGAAAUGAGGGUGAAACCAGAGUUAGCCAGUCUGGUAUCCACAAUGAAUUCUUAAGGGCAAACAGCACUUCUGAAUCCAUGUUUACAGAAACUCCAUCACCAGUGCUCAAAAAUGCUAUUUCCCUUCCUGCCAUUGGGGGUUCUCAAGCCCUUACAUUGCCUUUAUUGUCACCAGUGACAUUUAAUUCAAAACAAGGAUCCAUCAGGUCAUCCAGAAAUCCUAGGCUUAGCUGUGAGCCAGUCAUAGAAGAAAAACUGCAGGAGAAAGGUAAAGAGAUGGAGGAUGAAGAAACAUACAAAGAUGACCUAUGGGAGCAAAAUGGUUCUUCUUCACAUUUUACUAACAGCAGCGACAGUCACUCAUCCAGCUUUUCUGAACGAUGCUCUGAUUGGCAAACAGUUGAUUUACUGGAUGACAGUCGGCUUUCAUGUGAACUAACCAAGACAAAGUCAGAAGAAUCCCUUUCAGAUCUUGCAGGCUCUCUCCUCUCAUUGCAACUUGACUUGGGGCCCUCACUUUUGGAUGAGGUCCUCAAUGUAAUGGACAAGAAUAAAUCUUAGAGCUGGUACUCCCUUGCUUCUUUAUAAGUGAUUCACUUAAAAACAAACAAAAGACCACAGCUCAAAAGCAGAUGCUUAAAAAAAUCAGCUGUAUUUGCAGUUGUAUGAUGAGUUUUCUAAAAAUAUUCUUAAAAUACUAUUUUUUUACCUAUUGUUUUUCAUGGUUUUUAUUACACUAAAUUCUCGUAUCAGGAAGGUAAAUUUUAAUAAUCAGUUUCAGCAAAUAUAAAAUGUUUUUAAGUACCAGUAUUAAUGAUCAGAAACUUAAACAGUGGUUGAGGAUGAUACUGAUUGUGACAUUUGGUUAGUUCACUUCUACAGGCUUCUGAAUAUGUGAGAAUCUCUUAAUGUCAGAAAGGAGACUGAUGCUAAUUAUUCACUUUUAUAAAUUAUUACAGUAUCACUUUACCUGUAGGCCUCUUUCUAGAACCUUGUGUUUGAGGGUUUUAUAGUGUUUUUCCUCAUUUUCCAUAGUACCAUUUCUGUUAUAAAUUCACCAUAACUACUUUCUCGGUCUUAUACUACCGCUCUGAGUUCAGAUGUGAACAGUUUGAAGGCUUUUUCAGCUUGAAUACCUGGUCCAGAGUCUCAGCUGCUUUAAAUGAGUAUGCACAAAUUUACACAAGUUGAGGCUUGGGCCUGACAUUGUAUAUGAAAUGUUAUGUUGUAAACAUGUGACACAUGCAAGAUAUUAUGGUUAAAUUAUUUUAGAAGUUGAAAUAUAUUUUCUGUGUGCAUAUUGGCUUUUUACUGCAGAGCCUACACAUACAGUAUCUCAUCAAACUAGUUGCUUGGCAUUAUUGGUGCUCUUCUGAAAAUUGUAUAUUUGUGUGUUUGAAGAGAAAUAUGUAUUAAUAGUCCUUGCUUUUUUCUUCAUUUUUUUCCACAACAUGCUUAAACUUGCAACUGAUUAUUUUACUUUUCAAAGAAGGCACUGGUUAUUCACAAUGCUAGUGAUGUGUGCAGCAACAGCCAAUGUUUGCGAAAUGUGGAUCCUUCAAUAGAGUACCUACAUGAAUUGCAUAAAUACCUUGUGCAAUACAAUAAAAACCCUUUAAAUUGC